AUGUUGGUUAAGGCAGAGGACCGAGAUCAGCGUAGAAUCAAGAGGUCAUAUAAGCAGUCUCGUGGAGAGGCUUCAGUAGUAUCUGUUGGGGGUUUUAGGGUGCCUCAGGCACCACAGCCAGUGGCGCUGUCUGUUGGUUCUUAUCCGGGUAGAGAUUCUGCGCCUACUGCUUCCGAACAUCAGUCAGGCCAUCAGGGUAGUUCUCAUUCUUGGGUUAGAGUUCUUGUUGACACGGGUGCAUCCCAUUCAUUCAUAUCGACUUCAUUUGCACAUUCUUUGGGUUUAAAGUUUACGCAGCGGGAUAGUUUCCUUUGCGUUGACACACCAGUUGGGGGUCUAAUGUCUUUGGAUCGUGUUUGUCAGGGUUGUGCUACCGAGAUAGCUAGAUGGACUUUAGAACGAGUGUUAGUUUUCACUCCUACAGGAGAUUGUUUUCAUUUCGUGGGAGAUCGGUACGAUUCCCACUCGAUGAUGAUUUUUAGUAUCGAUGACUGGAAUCGCCACAAGUCCUACUUGGCUAGUCUAUUAGCCGACGAUGAUAGUAGUUCAGGCCGUGUUUAUCCAGCAGUUGUUGUGGAGUUUCUGGAUGUUUUUCCAGAGGAGUUGACAGACCUUCUUCCUCUUCAAGAAGUUAUCUUUGCCAUUGGCGUCAUUCCUGGUACUGCACUGCUCUUUAUGGCACCGUAUUGUAUGGCACAGGCAGAGUUGGAUGAGCUGAAAGCUCAAUUGGAUGAUUUGAAAGCCAAGGGCUUUAUUCGUCCAAGUGCUUCGCCCUAG